AUGCUGGGCUGCAACCCCUUCUGCGCCUGCAGCCGCGGUGCUACAGUGCUGCAAGGCAAGUGGCCGGGGAUCUGGUCCUACCUGCACCUAUUCUAUGAGGACUGCGCUGGCACAGCUCUCAGCGAUGACCCCGAAGCAUCCCCACCAGCCCUGUGCCCCCACCAGCCCUGGCCCUCACUGUGCUGGAAGAUCACCCUGUCCUCAGGGACCCUGCUUCUGCUGCUGGGGAUAGCAUCUCUGACCACUGGCUACGCGGUGCCCCCCAAGCUGGAGACUGUCAACAACAUACAACUGCCACUGCUGGAUGCGCGGGCUGCUGACUACAACAAGGCCCUCAGCUUGUGCCGCCUGGUAGGUACGGCGCUCUGUGGGGCAGCCGGGAUCCUGCUGGCCAUCUGCCUCUUGUGGGCCGUGUCAGGCUGGCUGCACCCAGACUUCAAGGCGGAGCCGCUGGAUGUCGACGUUGAUGGCCAUGUGCGGGUCUUCAGGGAUGAGCCAGAGCAGCAGCUGGCCCCCAUCUUUUGUGAUGCCAGUGGCCAGUCAUGGUUCUCAACCCCCACCAGCUCCUUUGGGCAAUCUUCCAAACAGACCAUUGAGCCCAAGAGGGACUCUUGA